AUGCAUGCAUGCAUGUUAUGUUUUGAUGCUUCUCAAACCCAAAUAUUGUCCUGCCUCAAACCUUUCUGUUCUUCUUCUUCAAAUCAUCAAAAAUAAUCGUAUGGUAGGUUGAUCUUUAUUAAGGUUUUGUGGCUAGGAAGAAUGGGACGCGCCCAACAGUCACUGAUUUAUGCUUUCGUGGCUCGUGGAAAUGUGAUUCUGGCCGAGUACUCUGGCUUCAGCGGCAAUUACAUCUCCGUCGCCACUCAAUGCCUUCAAAAGCUUCCCUCUUCCAACAACAAAUUUAACUAUAAUUGUGAUGGACAUACCUUCAAUUAUCUCGUUGAGAAUGGAUUCACAUACUGUGUUGUGGCCGUGGAGUCUGCGGGCAGAACAACUCCAAUGGCCUUUCUGGUGAGAGUGAAAGAAGAGUUCACGAAGCGAUAUGGUAGUGGCAAGGCUAAAACUGCUUCCGCGAAAAGCUUGAAUAAAGAGUUUGGACCCAAACUGAAAGAGCAGAUGCAAUAUUGUGUGGAUCAUCCGGAAGAAAUCGACAAGAUUGCUAAGGUUAAAGCUCAGGUUACUGAAGUAAAGGGAGUUAUGAUGGAAAAUAUUGAAAAGGUUCUUGACCGCGGGGAGAAGAUUGAGUUGCUGGUAGACAAAACUGAUAAUCUUCGCAAUCAGGCACAAGAUUUCAGGCAGCAAGGAACCAAAAUGAAAAGGAAGAUGUGGAUCCAGAAUAUGAAGAUGAAACUGAUUGUUUUCGGUAUCAUCGGUGUGAUUGUGAUGAUCAUCUUUUUGUCUAUAUGCCCUCGCUUCAAGUGUUGA